AUGGCUCAGACUCAAACAAACAAUCUGAACAAAAUAUCUGAAGAUGUAUCACUUAUCAGAGAUCAAAUUACUCAAAUUAAAACUACAACAGAUCAACUUGUAGCUGAACAACAGAAAUUUAAACAAGAGCUGAAAAAUAUAUCCACCUUCAAAAAUGAUACACAACAAAAACUUGAGUCUCUGUCGGCUGAUGUUGAUACGCUUAAGACCACUGCAGCCACUACUUCGACGCCUGCGCCUGCGUGUGAAGACUUUAUGGCUGAAAUCUAUGACAGAAUUCAGAGGGAGAAAAAUAUAGUCAUUAGCGGUGUAAACGAAAUUAAUUCCCAUGUAUCUGAACAGAGGCGCACUCAUGAUAAAAUAGAAGUAAGUAAAAUUAUUAAUCAAGUUGUCUCUAACUGCGCUGAGCCUAUUAAAAUUAUUCGGUUGGGAAAGUACAGAAGCAAUAAAUCCAGACCACUAAAAGUUUGUUUUACAACGUCGGAUAUAGCUAAAUCGAUACUGCGGAAUAAAGCGAAUUUAAAAGCUGAUGGAAUCAAAAUAUUUUCAGAUACAACACCUAAUCAGAAGACCUUACUGCAAAAUUUGCGAGAACAACUAAAACGUAGAAUUGCUGAGGGUGAAAAAAACCUCACAAUUAAGUACGUCAAAGAAACGUGCCAUCUAUCCCUGAUUUCGGAACAGGAUGUUAGAAUUUUUUUAUUAUAUCGUAAGCGUUUCACGCGUCUAAAUGCAUCAAAUACUUGUUUCAGCAGCAGUUCAGAUGAGGAGCAAUCGCAUGUCAAACACUCGGACAAAGGAAGGGAUAAAAAGAAACGUAAGAAGUCCAAAGGCAAAGACGACACCAGGCAGAAGCUGAAGAAAUUAAAAAAAAAGUUGAAGAAAAUUAAGAAAGAACGUAAAAAGGCCAAGAGGAAGGCGCGCAGUUCGAGCGGCGAGGAAGAGGAGGUGUGGGUCGAAAAAGGAAGUGAGUAGUUCGUCCGCGUUCCGAAUAGAAAUAACCUCAAACAGAAACGUAUCGAUCGUCAACGGACGCGUUCCGCAGAGGAGCACGAGGCGCCUGGGGACUCGCGGGCGGCGAAGCCGGAGGAGCCGGCGGAGGCGGCGCCCGGCCCGCUGCCGCGCACGGGGCCGGCGCUGGGCCACAAGGACUUCGGGCGCGCGCUGCUGCCGGGCGAGGGCGCCGCCAUGGCCGCCUUCGUGGCCGAGGGCAAGCGCAUCCCGCGCCGCGGCGAGAUCGGCCUCACGUCCGACGAGAUCGCGUCCUACGAGGCCGUGGGCUACGUCAUGAGCGGCUCGCGCCACCGCCGCAUGGAGGCCGUGCGCAUCCGCAAGGAGAACCAGAUCUACUCGGCCGACGAGAAGCGCGCGCUGGCCGCCUUCUCCAAGGAGGAGCGCCAGAAGCGCGAGAACGCCAUCCUGGCGCAGUUCCGCGACGUGCUGCAGGCGCGGGCGCAGCGCCGGGACUGCUAGGGCAGGGGCAAUGAAAGGCGCGGCGAGCGGCAAGGCUUUAUUGGUCAGGGCGCGCGGGGCUCGUACAGCGCCAGCCGCGCCUCGGCGGCGCGCAGCUCGGCCGCCAGCUCCUGCAGCGCCGCGUGCGCGCACAGCAGCUGCGAGCGCAGGUACUGCGGCGACGCGCUGCGCACGAACUGCUCGGGCACCACCA